GGGCAUUGAACGCCCAUCUAUGUUCAAGAAUGCAGGAAGGCGUCCACGGUGCUGGUUCGUCGGCACCAAACUCAAUACCGGCGCAAAGCGCGAGUGUCAUGUAUUAGUACUUGAUACUGCCUAUUGAUCUCAACGAGGCUGCUGGUCCAAAUCGGCGGGAGCGGGAAGCGGUCUGGCGGCAAAUAACUGUCGCAAGGUCGCGAGCUAAGCGGCCGAGCCCUGAUGAUGCAACAUAUGAUGUUGACGGCAAACAGCCCGGGGUAAGAAAGCUGGCAACUCGGUCGCCAGUUACUCGCCAGCUCGCCCGCCUGAUUGCCGCGGAACCGUCGAGGUCGCUCCAUGCUGUGUGUGGUUACAAGACUCCAGUGCCGUAGGGGUGUGUGUCAUCGCGGAGUGGUCAACUGUACUUGAGGUUCAAGGGGAGGCUUGGAAAUCAGUGGCAAGGGAAGGCACGCGUGAAUGGAGCGUGGAUGGAGUGUGGAAUGUGCACACCGUGGCCAUGAUUAGUUCGCCCGAGCCGCCCGUGCCUCGCUCCCCUAUGGCCGGGCUGGCGGCGCGAGCGAAGCUGCCGUCGGCCCGGGUGCUGAGCAUUGGACUUGCCGUCGUAGCUGACUUCUGGGGUCGUCUCCAGACGUUCGUGACUGUGGGUAUCAGGCCAAAGGGUCUUGCAAAGGGUUGGGACACUGUGCCGUCUGCGCAUCCUUUCAUCUCUCGGGCUGUUGGUGAAGGCGUGGUAUUGCGCUUGCCGUAUGCCGCUGAUUCCCCGCCUCCCUCGCCGUGAGAGGUUGUGAGUGGUUGGUGGCUUUGUGUGUGGGCAGGACGCACGUGUGGGCGACCGUUCCAGUGCCUGGACGCUGAGCCAAGCACUUUCCCAUCAGACAACAAGCAACCCGGCGUGCAGAUGAGCAAGUACAAGCAUUGGAUGGGGCUGUGUGCGGAAGGAGCGGCACCACUGACCAUGCAGGG